UGGCCAACUUGCAGCCAUUCUGGAGUCGGAGAGCGAGGCCUCGGAGGAGGAAGAAGCGGUGAUGCAUGAGGCUCUUCUCCAGGAGCGGGAUGAAGCCAAAGAGAAGCUCUCUGAGUUUGAGCAAGCCUCCCAGAAGCUGCUGGCGGAGCUCUCUGCGCUGGAGGCGGAGUACGAAAUCGAGAAAUCGUGCCGCAAACAAGCCGAGGUCUACGCCGCCCAGGUCAACAGGGAGAACAAGAAGCUGAAGCGAAUCAGCGUGGCCCUGAUGCCCAUGCUGAACCAGAUGCCUGAGGACAUGUUGAGUCUGGCCUGCGAAGUUGACUCCCCCUCCGACCCAAGCCGAGACCCAGCCCAUCCGUAUGUGCAGCAGAUCCACGGUGAGUGGGGCGUGGCCACCCCCGGUGCCUGUAGCGGCUGUGCCAGGCUGUGGCAAAGCGGGGAUUGGCCUCACUUGGCUGGCUUUGUUUUGUUGCAUGUGAUCUCUACGGCCCUGUGGUGAUCCGGGGUGCGUGCCUCAGUUUCCCUGGGCACUGCACCACUC